GCCUUUGCUUCUCAACCGCUCAGUUCAGUUGUGUUUUAUCCCUCUCAAAACAAGUUAAUAAACAUCACCACAAGAAGCACACAGAGAGAGAGAGAGAGAGAGAGAGAGAGAGAUAGAGAAACAAGAUGCAGCAGCUCAAACUACCACUGCAACUAUGCUUAACAACCUGCAUAAUACUACAGCUCCUGACUUGCUCAAACUCGAACCCAACACCGUCGCCAUGGCCACUGCAAUUCCAUGCACUUCUAUUCAUGAACUUGACCACAACACACCUCCAGCUCAGCGACCUCUGGUACGACUGGCCGAGAGGUAGGAACGUCAACAUAUUUCAGAAGCAGCUGGGUGAGGUUUUGUACGACAUAGAGUGGAACAACGGCACAUCAUUUUACUACUCCGUCGGUGACAACGGAAGUUGUGAGGUUAUGGAGUUUGAAGUCGGCAUUCCAAGGCCCGAUUUUCUUGACGGAGCUGAGUAUCUUGGGACGGAAGUCACUGAUGGGUUUCUAUGCAAUGUGUGGGAGAAGGUAGAUUUUAUUUGGUACUAUGAGGAUGUUUACACUAAGAGGCCAGUUCGUUGGGAUUUUUAUGAUGGAAUAUCUUCUCAGGUAAUGACAUUUGAGGUUGGUGCAGUGUUACCAGAUACAGUCACUCAAGCACCUGCAUACUGCUUCAACCAAGACAAAGAUGCAUAGACCUUAGACAGUAAAUUACGAGGUGGGCAUCAAGUUGCCCGAGCCACGGUUUGGUUCGGUUUGGAUCCGGCUUUAAUUUUUGUAAAUCAUUAUAUAUAGAGGAAAAUGCUAGGAAUGUCAAAUUUUUAGAUUAUUUUUUGUAGUUCAUAUAAUGUGGUGGUUCAUGGUUGGAGUAUUCCUUCUUUAGGUCAUUAAAAAGGGAGUCCAAUCAUCAACGGGCACAUCACGUGGUCUACAAAAAAUAAUUUAAAAUUUUGGUCUCUCUAGUAUCUCGCUAUAUAAAUGUGUGUGUUUAUUUGUAUAUUUUUAUACUUUAUGUGUAGAUCGGUAAACGUGUAGUCCAUGCAUUGGCUAAUAAUUAGAUAAGAAUGUUAAAUAAAGUUAUGUAACUUUGGAUUGUAACUACUUUGAAGUCUGAAGGUAUCAAAUGUAUUAUAUUUGAUAU